UGUGCCCGCAGGGCGGAGCUCCGGGAGGUGCGGGACGCCGCGGGCGCCGCCGCGGCCGCCGUGCUGCGGGUGUACGAGGAGCGGGCGGCCGAGCUGGGGCUGGAGGGGGCCCUGCGGCGCGGGCCGCGCUGCCCCUCGCUGGCCGACGUGCUGGAGGGGCUGCAGGACGUGGAGCGCUUCUACCGGCACCUGUACCUGGACAGCAAACUGCUCAUGCAGCGCCUCAGCUGUGACAACCUGGCAGACAUGGAAGCCCUCCCGCAGUCCUGGGAGAGGAUUUUGGAGCACCACAAGGAAGACGUUGUUCAAGAUACACUGCUGAAGGUCUCGCUGUUUGUGGAGAACCAUCAAGAGCUGCUCUGCUCAUCUGUCUCCUGACAGAGCAGCAGGGACUGGCACUGACCAGCUUCUGCCAGCCUGGUGUGCUCUGUAAUGCUGCAAAGGGGAUGAGGGAGCUCUACUGGUGCUUUCUGGAAGCGGAAUGAGUUGAUUCUUGGCCUCAGCAGGAAAUGCUUGGACUGUCCUGUUUUCAAGUGGAAAUGGACUUGGUGUCUGAAGAAGAGGCUGAGCUGAACAAACCAUGAGGAGAGAAGGGAGUCACUUCCAGCUGUGGAACUUUCCUUUCGUUCUCCUGCAGCAGAUGUUUUGUAUAAUGGAAAAAAUGCUGAGACUUACUGACAUGAGGUGCUGCAGAUGCACAAGUGUAACACAGAUUCCCUCAGACUGAUGCCAUGUAAGAAAGAUGUUUGAGUUCUGUCCUUACAAAUAAAGAAAAUAUCUCAGAUCAGGGCUUACAAACACUGGGCACCAUGUGCCUCUGAGCAGUAUGUUUGUGUUCAUCCCACUUGGGCAUGGAGGAGGAGGGAGCAAAUCUGGCUUGAAAAUGAAAUUAUGGAGGUGCACGGACGCCUGAGUUCUGACACGGGCAGUUUUCAAGGGUGUCAGAGUACACUACUCUGAUACAUCUGCCAGGGCCCACUGAAAUCAGUCUUAAAACUUCAUUGUCUGGUGGCAGCAGCUGCUGACACUGUAGGGACAUCUUUUGUUGACUGUAGCACUGAUCCUCUCGUUCCCGGGAAGCCGUGGGAUGUUUCUCUCUAAAUAACUUAUUUGGUAAGAAACAGGAGUUUCUCCUGCAAAGGCAAUAAAGAAUUGUGUUGGACA